CCGUGGACUUUGGCGCUGUUGUGGCCCACUACUCCGCCCUGCCUCAGCCCCCCAGAAGACGAAUUUCAUUGAAAAACAACUGAAAAGACAAGAAGAAGAACAGGGGCACUACCAGCUGGCCAAGGACGGGGUCUCCUGCAAGAACUACUGUGGACUAUGAUCCGAUCUCGCAUUACAUUUACUGGAUCGAAGGCAGGAGUCACAGCAUCAAGCGUUCUCUGGCAAAUGGCACAAAGCUUCCUGGGUGAAUCCAUAGGCGUCAACGAUACCGGGGACUCGGAAAAGCCUCGCAACAUUGCCGCCUUGGGGAGAUUUGUGUACUGGCUGGACGACAAGACCGGACUGAAGCGGAUCACUGUCAACGAAGAGCGUCGAAGAAGCGGAAGUGCGGCACAGUCGUCCAAAUUGUUUCCACAACUGCAUAGCCAGAGGGGAGGGUGUGGCACGCAGUACUCACGAUGUCUGCUCGUGCCCCAAGCAUCUGAUGCUGCUGGAGGACAAGGAGAGCUACGGCGUGUGUCCGGCCUUUGGGCCAGAUUUCACGUGCACGUCCCCAGUGACGGAGAAUGGUGACAUGAAUAAGGACUGCGCACCCGCCUCCUGGCGCUGUGACGGCCAAAAUGACUGCCCGGAAAAGUCGGAUGAAUUGGAAUGACCCACAUGCCGGGUGGAUCAGUUCAGCUGCCAAUCCGGCGAGUGCUUCGACAAGGCUCUGAUCUGCGAUGCUACCACCUGUGACAACUGUGAAAAUGUCCACGAUGAGGCCGACUGCUGCAAGCGGCUUUCACUGUGCCAUCAACAAGCUUUGCAUAUCAGCCAAGCAGAUCCAUGAGAUUGUAUCAACUCUGCCCAAGCCCAAAACUGUUACAGUCCACCGUUGAGAACCAUUCCAUCUGUCUAGUCCCAUAUUUUAUGACGGGCCGUCGUCUUUGAGUGCCAAGCCGAGUCAAAAUCUUUCCAAAAAGCCUGCGAAACCGUUGACAAAGUCCUAAGCUCCUUUUCGCCCGAGCCAAAGCAACCAGAACAAAAGCUUAAAUCCUUACCAUUCGAUGACGAUGAUUUGGAUUUAGAUAAUAUAUUUGUCAAGCCAUUGAUGCAGCCGAACAAACUCUCAGAGAGAUUAGUUGGAAAAAACUCUCUGUUUGAUGAUGACGACCUGUCACUGAUUUGUUUCGCUCAAAGACUAUCUUCAUUUUAAAUAAACAAAAUAGGGUAUACAAAGGCCUAUACACGCAUCAUGUC